AUGAAAUUCUCGCAUUCUUUGCAGUUUAAUGCUGUCCCUGAGUGGUCUUCCAAGUAUAUUGCUUAUUCACAUUUGAAAAAACUAAUCUAUGCCCUGCAGAAGGAUAAGCUGUAUUCAUCUGUGCCAGCAGUGACGAUAGAACCGGAGACGCGGCCGUUGUUGUCAGGCGCCGCUUCUCACGAUGUGUAUGUGAACCGCUUCAUAUCGGCGUUGGAAGUUGAGCUGAGGAAAAUCGACAAGUUCUUCAAGUCGCAGGAGACUGGGUUGAUUGCGAACUAUAAUGAAUUGAAGGAUGACGUGGAGGAGUUUGAACAGGAUGUGUUGCACAAUCGUGUGGGGUCUCUUAGCGACGCCGUGCCUUCUCAGAUCAGAAAGAAACCGUCUCGUCGUUUUAGCGGCGGGUCCCUCGGGCGUGGUGAGGAGGUCGAUGACGAUGACGAAGAGGACGAUGACGGUCGCGAGCAGGAUAUGGGAAGUUAUCUGAGACGUCUACGGUCGAGAUCGCGCUCCGUAUCGUCGGCUCCCAAUGACUCGGAGAUAGAAAUAUACCAGUCCAGAUCAAGAGCUACAAACGACACUUCGAAUUUUGUGUCGCCCGUCAUGGAGAGGAAGAUUACCCUUAAGAAGCGGCUAGUAGCUAUUUACAUGCAACUCUCAGAGCUAAAGAGUUUCAUCGAGCUCAAUCGCACGGGUUUCUCCAAGAUCUGCAAAAAAUUCGAUAAAUCGCUCGACACAAAUAUUAAGAGCGAGUAUCUGUCGUAUAUCGAGAAGAAUUCACACGUUUUCAAUCCUUCCACUAUUAAGAGAAUACAGUUAUGUAUCACCGAAACAACGAUCACAUACGCCCAGCUCUCGCAGAACAGGUUUCCUUUUCCCGCCCCUGGUACUGAAGACGAGCUGUUGGACCUUGAGUCCGCAGAGAGAGAGUUAUCUUCUCAUUUGAGAGAACACGUCGUCUGGGAAAGAAAUACUGUGUGGAAGGACAUGAUUAAUUUGGAGAGAAAAGCUCAAAAUGUGAAGACAGAGAGUAAGAAUUUGUCGACCAUCUCGAAACGAUACCAUGUCAAAGAAAUUGAUGACAACGGAAAUGUGACAAUUAAAGCAGAGUCGUUGGCUCAAGAGGUUCCCUUACCUCGCACUUUCAGUGAUCUCCUGCGUUCGAACCCUUUGCAGCUUCUAGGACUUUGUCUCAGCUCACCGGCUUUGAUCAAGAUUACUGCUAUACUCAUGUGCUUUUUGACUCUUUUAGUAUGCUCACCUUUCGAAGAUGUCAUGCAGAAGAAUUGCUUCGCGAUUUUGGUCUUUGCAUCUCUGCUUUGGGCUACGGAAGCUAUUCCCUUGUUCGUCACAUCGUUGUUAAUUCCAUUGCUUAUCGUGGUGCUGCCGGUUCUUAAGGACAGCAAGGCUGACGGCGGUUUAAUGGAACCCAUUCAAGCUUCUCAGUUUAUUUUGUCAACAAUGUGGUCUAGCGUCAUUAUGUUACUUUUGGGUGGAUUCACAUUAGCUGCUGCAUUGUCGAAAUACAACGUGGCUAAGGUUUUGUCCACGUAUAUUCUCAGCUCAGCUGGAACCAAUCCAAAGAUUAUUCUUUUGACGAAUAUGGGCGUCGCAUUAUUUGCAUCAAUGUGGGUUUCAAACGUUGCAGCCCCAGUACUGUGUUAUUCCAUCAUUCAGCCACUCCUACGUACUUUGCCAAGGCACAGUUCAUAUGCAAAGGCGCUGAUUCUCGGUAUAGCUCUUGCUUCAAACAUUGGAGGCAUGGCUUCGCCGAUCGCCUCGCCCCAAAACAUCUUCUCAAUAGGUCUGAUGGAUCCACAGCCAUCUUGGGGCGAGUGGUUCAUGAUCACUAUACCUGUAUGUCUGGUUUGCGUUGUGUGUAUCUGGAUUCUGUUGAUGAUCACUUUCCCCCUGGACCCUUCCUUAAAACUUCUUCAGCUACACCCAUUGAAGGAUCCUUUCACUUUACAACAAUGGUUUGUCACCAUAGUAUCCUUAGGCACCAUAAUACUCUGGUGCUUAUCCAACAGACUAACAGGGAUUUUUGGCGAAAUGGGUAUCAUCUCCAUCAUACCGCUGGUAAUAUUUUUCGGUUCAGGAUUAUUGACGUCUGAGGACUUCAAUAAUUUCAUGUGGACAAUAGUUAUCCUUGCCAUGGGCGGCACCACUCUAGGUAAGGCAGUGACUUCUUCAGGUCUUCUAAGCACAAUGGCUACCAUCAUCAAAGAAAACGUGGAAGAUAAACCUGUCUUUGUCAUUGUUCUGAUCUUUGGAUUGGUGAUCCUCGCAAUGGCAACUUUCGUGUCACAUACAGUUGCAGCUAUGAUCAUCGUUCCUUUAAUGAGCGAAAUUGGUUCCAACUUGCCCUCGGGUGAUCAUUCAAGACUAUUAAUCAUGGUCGCUUGUCUACUUUGCUCGGGCGCUAUGGGUCUGCCUACAUCUGGUUUCCCAAAUGUGACUGCCAUUUCCAUGAUCGAUGAGGUCGGGGACCGUUAUCUGACCGUAGGAUCAUUCAUCACACGCGGCGUUCCUUCGAGUUUCAUAGCCUAUCUGGUCGUCGUAUCUUUAGGGUAUGGCUUGAUGAAAACAUUCGGAUACUAA